CAAGCGUCCAUAUAACUAAUAUUUCUGAUGUUUAGUUGCUAUAUAUUAACUCAGCUUCAAUGACUCAGGUUUAUGCUCUUACAAGAGAAAGGGAUACACUACAUAGAGAGCAAAAUAAAAGAAGUGAUGCCACUGCGCUUCUAAAGGAAAAGGAUGACAUAAUCACUCAAGUUAUGGAAGAGGGUAAUGAAAUAGCUAACUGCUAGAAAAGAGGUUUCCCAAGUUCUAAAUGAAGCUUUCAAAGACCACAUUUUGCUACAUAGCUUUGUGAAAUUUAUUCCUCUGACAUAUGUGAAAGAUGGCAUUCACGCAAUAUCAAGUAGAAACCAUAUCUGGAUAAUUCAUACCUGCAUUAGAUUUUGAUCAGACCUGUAUUAUAUUUGGAUAAGUAGUUUUUACCUCUGCAUCAUAAAAGCUUCAAGAUAUUUUAUGGGUUUUUGCUCCAGCUUGGUUUUAUUGUAAUAAAAAAGGAAAAAGGAGAAAAAAAUGGAUUUUUAAUAGGUCCAAAGAUAUUUCGAUUAAAGAAUCUGCAGCAAGAGCAUUCUCGUCUUUUUUAUUAUUCAUGUGCUGAGUGUUUGUUGGAUCGUUGGCGAUCGGAUUAUAGAAGAUUGUCCAACUAAUUUCCUCAAAAGACUUCAAGGGCAUUUAUGGAAUUUCGAAAAUAUAAAAGGAAUUGUAGGGAUUAGUAAUUUUCUUGUAUUUGUACUCAAGAUCAGAAAGAUGAAAUUGAAGAAUUAGAAGCGUCUCUGGAGGCUUUAGCGGAAGAGCUUGAUAAAAACAUUGUAAAAGGUCAAGUUCUUGAAAGUCAAGUGAAUGAGAAAGUUUUGAUAAUCAAUUCACUUGAAGCAGAUGUUUCAAGAGAGCGUAAGUUGGUAAAAUCACUAUUUUCUGAAAUCCAAACACUAAAAGAUGCCUUAAAAGCAUAUGAGACGACCGGAAUGGAAUUGGCAAAGGUCCAGGAGGCUAAUAAGAGAAUGGAAAUGGAACUGGUUCAAUUGGAAACUAAUCUUAUUGAAAUGGAAACAUUAGUUGAAUCAAGAACUUGUGAGCUUCUUGAAGUUAGAAAGGAGUUAGAGAUGUCACAAGCUCCUGCUGAAGAAAAUGAGGCAAUUGCUACCGAAUCCAAACAGUUGCUGAAACAAGUAGAUUGUAUGGUGACUGUCCUUGAAAACCAGGUUAGUUUGUUUUUUAAUUGGAAGUUAGCAUUAUAUUGUAAAACUUUAUAUAAAUAUUGGCAACCUAAUGAAGUUGCUGGACUAGAGAGUACAAACAAAUGGUAAACAAUAAUUAGAUUUUUAUCAUAGUAUUAUAUGGUGUUUUUAAUUUGAUAUACAGGAAGAUAAAUAUUAGCAACCUGAUGAAGUUGCUGGACUAGUAGAAUUUUGGUCUCUCAACCAACACAUUUGUAAUUAAGGCAUCAUACUUUUUGACUUACCUGUGUAUUAUUGCAUACUAUUU